GUGGGGCAUCAAGCCGAACCAGUCCCAGCUCGACUCUGAGCCCCAUCGGUUGUAGCCGCGCUUGCCAUAAUUUCCGCAACCAUCGCAACCAGAGAACUAAUUUUAUUUUAUUUCAUUUGUACUUUUCCCGUCCUGCCCUCCUUUGACCACCAACGCAAACAAAAUGCGUCGCGCAGACGCUUUUGCUGUCACGGUUUGUGCGAUUUUGGCCCUGCUGCAGACGAUGGAACCGGUAAAGGCCGAGGGUAAAUACACCAUUGUGGGUCCCGGAACCAUCCACUCUCAUCGCGAAUACAAUGUGGCCGUGGCUGUGCACCAGACCAAGGAGCCGGUCACCCUGAAGGUGGGCAUCACCGGACCCUCCUACAACGAGACCCAGACCGUGGAGCUGGCCAAGUCCGAUGAGUUCAAGCAGAUCACCUUCAAACUGCCUCCCCUGGAGUCGGGUGACUAUAAUCUCACGGCCGAGGGCAUCAAGGGGCUGGAGUUCAAGAACUCCACCAAGCUGAACUAUGAGAACUUCAAGCCGUACAUCAAAAUCCAGACCGACAAGGGCAAGUACAAGCCCGGCGAUACGAUCAACUACCGUGUGCUCUUCCUCAACGAGAACCUGUUGCCGGAUACGGCCGAGGAUGAGGUGGUGGUGUGGUUCGAGGACUCCAAGCGGAAUCGCAUCAAGCAGGAGAAGCACAUCAAGACCACUGGUGGCGUGUACACUGGAAAAUUCGAGCUCUCCGAAUUCGCCACCUUGGGCUCCUGGUCCCUGCAGGUCCAGAAUGGUGGGCAGCAGUCAAAUACGGAGGGCGGUAUGUUCGGACGUCAUUACAGACCUUAUCCCUUCUGGCGUCGGUCGGAUGAACGGGUCAACUUCGAGGUGGAGAAGUACGUGCUGCCCAAGUACUCGGUCAAAAUGGAGGCCACCAAGCAGGUUUCAGUGCGAGAUGGCGAACUAAACGUUGUGCUGAAGGCCAACUACACUUACGGCAAGCCCGUGAACGGCAAGGUUCUGGUCAAUGUCCACUUGGAUGAGACGAGCGUGUGGGAGAAUGUCGAUGGCAAGACCGUGCGCAACGACUUCCCCGGCCACUCCGUGAUUGGCACCGCCGACAUGGUCGGUGGCAAGGCCAAGCUGACCUUGGAUCUCAAGGAGUUCGCCAGCUAUCUGCCGCACAAGACCUCCUCUUCCUAUGCCACGAUCACGGCCACCGUCGAGGAGGAUUUCACCGGCGUGAAGCUGAACGAGACGGCUGGUGUCCAACUGUAUCCCUAUCGCUACGAGAUGUCCUGCACGGACUACUCCACAUGCUUCUCCUUCAAGCCCGACAAGGAGCACGAAAUAGACUUCAAAAUAACAUUCGUCGAUGGUUCACUGGUCACGGACACCAAAUCCGUGGUGAAGGCCAAGUUCACUGAGGGAAUCCGACGCAAUUACGGUUUCUAUGGCUAUGGACAGGUACAUGAGGAGCAACCACUGCCCAAGAUUGAGAAGAAGACUAUCGUGUUCGAGAGCCAUUUGAAUGAGUCCAGCGUGGCGCCUUUCAAGGUGACUCUACCCGAUCUGCCGGACAUGGCCAACUUCACCCGCUUCUAUAGCAUUGAGCUGGAGUUUGUCGACGAGAAGCGCGAACUCUACACCACCUAUCCCUAUAGGGAGCCAAAGAAGAUUGAAAAUCCCGAUCCUGAGGAGGAGGAAAAGGAGUGGUUCAGGGCCGAAGUGCACAGGCCCAAGGACACCUGGAGCCUCAAGAUCGGCCAGGAGUAUCAGGUGACCCUCAACUCCAGCCGUCCGCUCAAAUACUUUGUGUACAACAUCGUGGGACGUGGAAACAUUCUGGAAACGAAGCGAGUCGAGCUGGAAGAGCCCAAGAAAACCGUCAAUGUCACCAUUAAGCCCACCUUCCUUACUUCUCCCAAUGGCCGUGUGUACUUCUACUACGUGGAUGAGACUGGCGAGUUCCGAUAUGCCGAGGAAACCUUUAGCGUGGAGGUGGAGCUGCAGAACAAGAUCGAGAUCAAGGCCCCCGAGGAGGUGAAGCCUGGUGCCGAUGUCGAGCUGGAGAUCAAGACGCCGCCAAAGUCCUUCGUUGGCCUGCUGGCCGUCGAUCAGAGUGUGCUCCUGCUGGGCAACAACAACGACUUGAACAAGGACUCGUUCAACUGGCGUCUGAAUGGCUAUGAAACCUCCACUCCCUGGCAGGGUGGCUACUCCUACUUCCCCGGAGAACGUUCCGGAGUCGUCACGAUGACCAAUGCCUAUUUCUUCUACAAUCGCACUGCUCCAAUCUCCCAUUUACAAGCCUUCGGAUCUGCUGGAGUUGCUGGAGUUGGUGGAGGAAACUUCGCCAUGAGGAAAACGGCAGUGGCACACGAUUCCGCGGCAUUCCACACAACCACCGCAAUGAUGGGAGCUGCUCCACAAGCCGUGGGAUUCGCUGCCGAAGGAGCAUCUGCAGCAGCCCCUGUAGUGCGAAAGAACUUUGCGGAGACCUGGAUUUUCGCCGACAUUGAGAGCACGGAGGAGGAGGUCUUCAAGUGGGUGAAGACCAUACCCGAUACGAUUACCAACUGGGUGGUCACCGGCUUCUCGCUGCAUCCGGUCAAGGGAUUGGGUGUCACGGACGAGAAGGUGAACGUCAAGACUUUCCAGCCGUUCUUCGUCUCCGUCCGACUGCCCUUCUCGGUGAAACGCGGAGAGGUGAUCAAUGUGCCGGCCCUGGUCUUUAACUAUCUGCCCAAGCAACUGGACGUGGAACUGACCCUGGACAACGAGGAUGCCGAGUACGACUUUGUGGAUGCCUCCAACGAGGUUAUUGGUGACCAAAAGCGUUCGCAGAAGAUCCGAGUGGGUGCCAACGAAGCUGCGGGCGCCUCUUUCCUAAUCCGACCAAAGGUCAUUGGCAAUAUUCUACUCAAAUUCACGGCCAUCUCACCGCUGGCCGGCGAUGCUGUGCACAAGGCACUGAAGGUAAUUCCAGAGGGUACCACUCAGUACCAGAACCGGGCAUUCUUCAUCAAUCUCAAGGAUACGGGCGAGUUCAAGAACACCUUCCAGCUGGAGGUGCCGGAGGAGGUGGUUCCCGAUUCGGAGCGCGUGGAAUUCGGACUGGUGGGUGAUCUCCUGGGACCAGUGGUCAAGAACCUGGAGAAUCUCCUGCGAUUGCCCAGCGGUUGCGGGGAGCAGACCAUGUCCAAGCUGGUGCCCAACUAUCUGGUCCGGGAUUACCUGAAGAGCAUCAAGAAGUUGACUCCAGCCCUGGACACUCGCAUCAAGCGGAAUCUGCAGGAGGGCUAUCAGAAUAUGUUGCACUAUCGCCACGACGACGGCAGCUUCAGUUCCUUUGGACCCUACAAGUGGAGGGAGGAGGACCCGGAGCGCAAUGGCUCCACCUGGCUGACCGCCUAUGUCCUGCGUUCGUUCAGCAAGAUCAAGGACAUCGUUGAUCUGGAUGAGCAGCUCUUGGCCAAGGGCUAUGAAUUCCUGCUGACUCGCCAGGCGGAAAAUGGCAGCUUUACGGAAACCGGUGAAUACUUCUACGGCUCGCAGCGAUCCCUGCUCACCCUCACCGCCAGCUCCCUGUUGGCUCUGCUGGAGGAGGAGAAGCCCAAGCAGGAGGCCAUCGACAAGGCAGUGUCCUACCUGAGCGCCAACACGGAGGAAUCCCUGGAGCUGUUGCCCAAAUCCAUCGCCAUCUAUGCCCUGCAAAAGGCCAAGGCGCCAGGAGCUGCCAAACAGGUGGCCGCCCUUAAAUCCCUGGCCAAGCAGGAGGAGGAUCGCACCUGGUGGACCGAGGAUCUGGACAAGCUGCGUACCUCCGGGAACUGCAGACGCUGGUGGUGUUGGGUGUGGAGUCAGGAUGUGGAGAUCACCUCCUAUGCCCUGCUUUCACUUCUGGAGUCGGAAGACGAGACGGCCGACACUGUGCUGAACACGGUGCGCUGGCUGGUGGCCCAGCGGAAUAGCUUCGGAGGAUUCGCCUCCAGCCAGGACACAGUGGUCGGGCUCACCGCCCUGAUCAAGUUCGCCGAGAAGUCUGGCUACGAGGCAGCCAAGUGGGAGGUGACCGUCUCCAACAAGGGCAAGCGUGAGAAGACCGAGAAGCUGACCACAUCGGAGGAGAACGAUCUGCUGCUCCAGACGGUCGAGUUCCCGCAGGGCACCAAGUCUCUGGAGUUCGAGGCCAAGGGCACUGGCGCGGCUCUCGUCCAGAUCAGCUACCAGUACAAUGUGGUGGAGAAGGUGCCGAAACAGAGUUUCAAGGUCCAGACCACCGUCUUGCCUGAGACUUCGCCAGCGAAACUGGAAUUGGGCGUUUGCGUGGACUUCGUGGAGGAGGGCGAGGCCAAGGAAUCCAACAUGGCCAUUCUGGAGGUGGCCCUGCCCUCCGGCUACACCGCCGAUGAGGAUAGCUUCAAGAACAUCCGAGAUAUUGCUCGAGUGCGGUUGGUGGAGACCAAGAACGGUGACUCAGUGGUGGUUGUCUACUUCGAGAAUCUGGCCAAGAACGAAAACAAAUGCAUUCCCAUCGAGGCCUACAGGACCCAUGCCGUGGCCAACCAGAAGCCAUCCUCUGUGAUCCUCUACGAUUACUAUGACACGAACAAGAAGGCCACCGAGUACUACUCCAUCGACUCGAAGCUCUGCGACAUUUGCGAAGGUGACGAGUGCAAGAGCAAGUGCUAAACUAAUCAAACCAAAACGAACUACAAUACCUUCUGUCCUAACAUCAAAUAAAAUAUUGUGAUUAUAAUGUA